AUGCCUGGGAAACCCCCGGAAUCGGACGGGGGUGGAUCCAUGACUCCGUCAGAGGCUAGUGAUGGAGAGGAACGAAGUGAAAGAGACUCAGACUAUGAGACUGAUGAAGAAGAACGAUGUCGCCGUCAGUUUAAAUAUGGAAGACACCAGGAGAUGUUGAACAUCCAAUGGACAGGUUAUGGGAAGAAGACGCCAGUUGUUACUUUCAAUCCGGAGUUGGUGCUAGCAAAGAAGGGCAACAUGAAAACUGUUGGAGAGAGAUAUCACCUUGCCUAUAAGUUUGGAAACACGGAAUGUAAAGUUGUGAGAACUAUUCUCAACUUCCAUGGAUUCCACGAGGUUCACCCCAACAGCUCCGACUAUAACUUUAUUUGGACAGGGGGCCACCUAAAACCCUUCACUCUACGCAGUCUAACAGAGUUUCAGAAAAUCAACCAUUUCCCUCGCUCAUAUGAACUGACUCGAAAGGAUCGCCUCUACAAAAACGUACAGCGAAUGCAGCAGAUAAAGGGAAUGAAACAUUUUGAUAUUUUGCCAUCAAGUUUUAUACUGCCAAGUGAAUAUCAAGAUUUUUGUGCCUCAUUUCUUCGGGAGAAAGGUACCUGGAUUGUAAAGCCAGUGGCAUCAUCAAGAGGUAGAGGUGUCUUUCUCUGUAAUCAUCCGGACCAGGUGCCACUGGAUGAGAAUCUCAUUGUGUCUCGCUACCUAAAUCAGCCUCUCCUUAUUGAUGGUUUUAAGUUUGAUGUACGCCUGUAUGUGUGUGUUACCUCAUACGAUCCGCUAGUCAUUUAUCUGUUUGAGGAGGGACUCACAAGGUUUGCUACAGUGAAGUAUGAGAAGAGCACUCGGCACAUACGUAACCAGUGCAUGCAUCUAACAAACUACAGUGUCAACAAAAAAAGUGAUGACUAUGUCAGAAAUGAUGACCCUGAUGUUGAAGACUAUGGCAACAAAUGGUCAUUAGGGGCAUUGUUACGAUACCUCAGAUCUCAUGGCCGCGACACAACAGCUCUGAUGAUGCGAAUAGAGGAUGUAAUCAUUAAGUCGAUAUUGUCAGUAGAACUACCCAUCGCCACAGCCUGUAAGAUGUUUAUGCCAUUCAGAGGAAACUGUUUUGAACUAUAUGGGUUUGAUGUCCUUAUUGAUGAAAACAUGAAACCCUGGGUGCUAGAAGUCAACUUGUCUCCGUCCUUAGCCUGUGAUGCUCCAUUGGAUUUGAAGAUAAAAACAAACCUAAUCUGUGAUCUAUUUAGUCUUUCAGGCAUCAUAUGCCACGAUCCCAUGAUGAGGACGCUUCAGCAAAGCCGGCGAAAUCAAGAAGUCACUGCCAAAAUUGCAUCUCGAGCAAAGUCUGCUCGAUUCCGACCUUCUUCUGCCUCCACGAAACAAAGACCAAUGUCAGCAGGGUCAUCAAAUAAUGCUAGGUCAUCUUCAAGGAACUCUGAACGAAGCUCCAAUGCAGACAAGCCUGGUGGAAUGUCUGGUCUCACUAGCGAAGAAAUCAAGAUUUUACGUCGAGUAAAAGAGGAAGAAAAUCGGUCAGGGGGGUGGGUGAGGAUCUUCCCUACUCCAGACUCUUGGGAUCUGUAUUCGUCAUUUCUACAAUAUUCUAGCACAAAUAACUUCAUGCUUCACAGCCGACUCUACCCAGAAAGACACAAGUCAACAUCUAGUCAGCCAAAGACUGCAGGAACAGCCUCUUUAGGAUCUAGAGCCAGAAUAAAUCCUAUUUUACGAUCAUCCUACAAAAAUACGUACGCUCAUCUUGGUCUUUCAACGGGGAAGUCAGAUUCCGAGCUGGCAGAGUGUUAUGCAGAUGCGAUCAUAAGAACUAGACACUAUGAACGAAAACUUGGAACAGGUCGCAAUCGACGGAAAGGGAAGAGGAAAAAUCGUAAAGCUAAAUCAAAGACAAAAUUAGCUCAGGGUGUGGCAGAGGAUGGUGAAGGAGAGGAGGAGGGAGAAGGAGUGGAGGAAGAUGCAGGGGGAGACAACCAAAGUCCAAAAGAGGAACAGAGGACUACUGUAACAUCAUAUGAAUCAGGGACCCACAUAGACAGAGUUCCUGUGGAAGGAGAGACUGAAAACUCAUCCAAAAAUGUAGAAACAAUAAAAAAACAAGAAUCUUCAUCUCCUGAUGAUCCUCCACCUAAACCAAGUAAAACAGUGGAAAGACAACCCCACAAACCACAAUCCACCAUCAUCAGUGCAGGGGACGCUCCUUCACGACCGCCGGAGAAGGAAAUGGAAUCACAGUCUGUUGUUGCUCCAUCCAAACCACCCAUACCACAAGAACCAAAAUUCAGGGUUGUAGAAAUGUUGCAUAAAGGCAGCUCUCUCAGUAAAGUACAGGCCCGCAGUGCAUUCGCCAUGUACCUGGUGAGAGUCCAGCAGCGUCUCGUGUCAGAACACAACCCAACCUCUCAGGAAGAUAUUGAUGCUCUUAAUGAGCAAAUGGAUUUAGUUUUACGAUUUCUUAAACGAGCAGCUGUCAAUUUACAACAACAGUUCAAGGUCAUUGUACCGAGUCGUAAAUUACCACUGAAUGAUCGACGCCGGAUUCUAGCCAAACAGCUUGGUGACUUUGUUCACAUUUACAACAAGCUGCUUCAUCACAGUAAACAGGAAACCGAACAAAUUAGACUGAAGAAAUUGGCUGAACAGAAACAGGGUAAAACAGCUGAGGUACAUCCACGGGGAGAGACAUUGUGUGAAAAACGAUUUGAGAAAUUUGUGAACAUAGCCAGUGAAGGGGAACUUGAAGAGGUUUUGACAACCUACACACGCAUUAACAAGUCGGCAAGCAUAUUCCUUGGAGGUGGGGACGCUAGCAGCAAACCUACAAACACUACUGAGAGUAGCGCCUCUCGUCCUAACUCUGUGAAUCAGCCCAGAGCUUCUGGCACAUCCACCUCUGAUACCAGUCUCCAGAAACGAAGGGAUAGCGCUUCAAGGGAGAGACGAGACAGUACCUCGCAGGACAGACGAGAAAGUGUGUCAAAUGAAGUUAGUGGCACCUCUCAUGUAGGCGACAGCAAGCCUGGCACCUCCUCCUUCACUGCAGGCUCUGGUACCGCAGCUGAUGUUGUAGGGCUGAAUGGUGCAUCCACGUACCACACACCCACACAGUCAUCUUAUGCAAAUGCAGUCCAGAUUUACACGCAGAAACUGGGAACAUCGAAUCGGCCGCGUUCCGCUUCCAGUCAGCGUCCAGCCUCGUCCAAUGGGCCACGUCAGCGACCAAUGUCAGCUGUAUUACAAAACCGCCCCUCCUCGGCCAGCACCUACUCCACCACAGAUCCUACUGUUGAUUCCUACAAUGACCAGGCGAUACAGGACGCCUUGCAGAAGCUUGCCCUUCGUCAACAGUCACGACAGUACUCUGCCCACAAUGGCACAAGUGCUAUAGGACUAGACGGUCAGGUGUCACGACCACCAUCAGGAAUGAUAAACAAACCAAUCUAUAGACCAAUGACGGCUGGUGAUAUCAGUAAUACAUACAAAUCUACUCAGUCUUUCCCAAAUGGCAGCUCGGACAAGAGCAAGGACCAACCAAAGUACAUAUCUAUGGAAGAUCACUAUGUGAAGUCACGGCCCCCACCCGCCCCUGCACAGCGAAUACAGUCUGCAGGGGUCAUUGGCCGAAAUCGAAAUGCGAACGCGACUUUUAAUAGUUUCAUAGAGGACACUGACGGUACACAUCAAGGGGAUCUGGCUGUUGCUUAUAACCAGGUGACUGGAGUGCUGCCUAGCAACUAUAGUGCUGCAUCACAGUCCAGCAAGCAGUUUCAGUUGGUGCAGCAACACCAAGCAUUGAAGCAGCAAAGCAAAGUCAUGCUGGAGCAGAGCAAAGCCAAACACCAAGCUAUGGUUGCCCAGGCGUACGCCAUGCAGAAGUCACUGCAAGGUCAGGCCCCCAAAGACAUGGAGAGUGCUGUACAGAAACCUCCACCAAAACCCCACUAUCGACACAUGGGUCCUGUCGAGGUGGAAAGUGCCAUGCAGAAAUAUGCUCCCAAACCGCCGACCCAGCCCUUGCACACACGUAAGGCAGGCAUGCAUAGGGUUCAGAGGAGCGCUGUGGCUGACGAAUCACUUAACUUCAACUUUCACAACAGUCUCAAGUAUGAUAUGCACACAGGACAGAUGCGACCAUCGUCAGCUCUUAAAAUAACAACUUCAUCUUGA